AUGGCUCCAAAGUUCGUUAAAGCCACUUUCCAGAUAGAAAACGGCCCUUCGCACGAAGGUAUCUCUUUCGGGGCUCCAAACUCCGUUGCGGGCGAAACCGUGUUCACCACGUCUCUGGUGGGCUAUCCAGAGUCGAUGACAGACCCCAGUUACAAGGGCCAAAUUUUGGUUUUCACCCAGCCCUUGAUCGGUAACUAUGGUGUGCCAUCCGGCGAGACCCGUGACGAACACAACCUACUCAAAUAUUUCGAAAGUCCCAACGCGCACGUUAUCGGGAUCGUCGUUGCCGAAUACGCUUGGAAAUACUCCCAUUGGACUGCAGUGCAGUCAUUGUCUGAGUGGUGUAUCAAAGAAGGUGUUGCUGCCAUCACUGGCGUCGACACCCGUAGCGUUGUACAGUAUUUGCGUGAACAGGGCUCUUCACUGGGCCGUAUCGUUGUGGACGACGGCAAGCCCGCUCCCGCUUUCGUCGACACCAUGAAGUCGCAUUUGGUGGCACAGGUGUCCACCAAACAACCAUACCAUAUCAGCGCUCAAAAUGCCACUGCCAACAUCGCUUUGGUCGACUGUGGUGUCAAGGAGAACAUUGUGCGUUGUCUGGCCGUUCGUGGUGCCAACGUCACUGUCUUCCCACACGACUACCCACUCCAGGACGUUGCACAGCAAUUCGACGGUGUUUUCGUCUCGAACGGUCCUGGCGAUCCAGCCCUGUGCGGCUCUACUGUCGAGGUCUUGAAGCAUUUGCUGGAAGACCCCAAAUUCGAGCGUCUACCCAUCUUUGGUAUCUGCAUGGGCCACCAAUUGUUGGCUCUGGCUGCCGGCGCCUCUGCCGUGAAGAUGAAGUACGGUAACAGAGCCCACAACAUCCCAGCUCUGGACUUGACCUCUGGUCAGUGCCAUAUCACCUCCCAAAACCACGGUUACGCCAUCGACGCCGAAACCCUUCCUGCCAACACUUUCAAGCCUUACUUUGUGAACUUGAACGAUGGCUCGAACGAAGGGAUCAUUCACAAAACUAGGCCAAUUUUCUCCACUCAGUUCCACCCUGAGGCCAAGGGUGGGCCCAUGGACUCCGCUGUCUUGUUCGACAAGUAUUUUGACAACAUCGCCGCGUACCAGAACUUCAAAAAGUCAAGCGCCAAGGCUGCUGUCAGAUUCGAGGUUCCAGUGCACACCAUGGCCACUGAGAGAGUAUUGUAA